GCAUAAUCUCUUUUGACUGUUUAGGGCAUCUUCCCCAGAUGAAGCAAAAACCCCAUUUCGUUGCCUAUUUCCGCGGUGAGAUUCCGGUGCUCCGUUUCUGGAAUCGGUGAAGAUACUAGAGCCUCGCUUGCUAAAUAUGAGCUUAAUUCUCAGAUUCCGUCAACAUUUAUCGAAUAGGUUAGCUCAAACCUCCAGAUUAUCACUUGUUUCUCGUAUCGGCGAUUGCCGGAGUUUCGGACAACCGGCGAGAAAAGAGGAUAAAGGAGAAGAAGAAGAAGAAGAAAUCGAUCAGAGGAAGCUCCCAACCGAUUACGAUCCAGCGACUUUCGAUCCAACAGAGCACCGUAGUCCUCCAACGGAGCGUGUGUUCAGACUCGUCGACGAGAUCUCAUCUCUCACGUUAUCAGAAAUCUCCGAGCUCGGUGCGAUCAUCAUGCAGAAGAAAGGAAUCACGGAGUUACCAACCGUCGCCGUCAUGAAACCCGGAGCUGCUGGUGCCGGGAUCGUCGGAGGAGUAGGUCAGGGACAAAGCGGCGGCGGUGGUGGAGCGAGUGAGGAAGCUAAAGCGGAGAAGACAGUGUUUGAGAUUAGGUUGGAAAGUUUCGAAGCAUCUGCUAAAAUCAAGAUCAUUAAGGAGGUAAGGAGUUUUACUGAUUUGGGUCUUAAGGAAGCUAAGGAAUUGGUGGAGAAGACUCCUUCGGUUUUGAAAGCCGGAUUGUCGAAAGAAGAAGGUGAGAAGAUCUUGGAGAAGUUGAAGGCACUUGGUGCAAAAGUUGUUUUGGAGUGAUAUCAAAUCAAAUCAAUCCAGAGUGGCAUCUUUGAACAUCGGGUUCGCUAAUCAUAAACCCUUUGAUGAAAGUGGACCAAGCAAAAAAGACAUACUGUAAGCAGAGCCAAAUUCUCACCGAAAGAUUGGGUGGUUCAUGACAUACAGAUUUCUGGAGAAACAAAAACUAAGUGACAAUUUCGGAUUCAAGACCCAAAGAUACUCGCAAAUUAUCUACUUACCAAGCAGUUUCAAAAGACGAGAAGACUAUUUCCACGUUGGUUUAGUUCUUUCUUUAUGUGGUAAAUGAUAAGGAACAGACCCAAACCUCUCUGUUUCUCUUAUACCCCACACUUGCUUCACUUGAACUUUCUGUA